AUGAACAUAUUCCGCCUCCCUCGACGCAUACCAAGAACGCAUCUUCUCGCAACACUCUCGCGCCCAUUCACCCUCACGGCCCUGCGGUCGAAAAACCUCCCGCCGCGCCCCAAACCCCCGCCAGACGCCGAGAUCGAAGAGUCCUUCCUCAAGGGCUCCGGCCCAGGCGGCCAGAAGAUUAACAAGACCAACUCGGCAGUUCAAUUGAAACAUGUCCCGACGGGCAUAGUCGUCAAGUCCCAGGCCACCCGGUCGAGAAGCCAGAACCGCAAACACGCGCGCGAACUGCUCGCCCAGAAGGUCGACGACUUGCUCCACGGCGAGCAGAGCCGGUCGAGCAUAGUCGGCCAGGUCAAGAAGAAAAAGGCCGCCAGUGCUGCCAAGAAGAGUCGCCGCAAGUAUAAAAAGUUGGACGAGGAGAGGGAGGCUGCAGGAGAAGAGGAGGGGCCAGAACAUUCACCACGCGAGUCCGAGGGCUCUGGUCAGGUUCAGGGAGAGACUACUAUAGAAGAAACCAAACAUCCCCAAGAAAAUAAUAACCGGCCGUGA